AGCUAGAGCUUGUUCGUUGUGGUAACUGUUCCUCUGAACUCCUCGUGCGCAUAGCCAGGCAGAUGGUCAGCUGUGGGGAUGCUUAAAGACACAACGAAUGUACCCACAUAACAACGGACAAAGUGCUGCCAGGUAAAGAAUAGGAAGGAGCACCUGAGUAAAACAAACGCACGCUUGGAUUAAGUGGAGGUAGCGGUCCUACUUUUGGACCGAACAGACACUUUUUUUUUCGCUAUUUAAGGUGGAGUGAACAAGAAUGGUUUAUGUUUGUGGAUGAGGAGGAGACUUGAGCUUAACGUCGGACACAAAUGAAUAUUUGCCAUGCCACUUGGGAUGUCUCUGAUCUCAGCCCUGCUCGUCUUCCUCCUGGUCACCACCACAUGCUCCCUCGCUGUCUGCACUUAUCCCCGCUUCUCCAGAAAUGAUACUUCAUUUGAGCACCUGGUCCUGCACCCAGACCCCUCUAUAGGCACGGUCUACGUGGGGGCCAGGGACCAUCUCUUCCAACUGGACGGGAUGGACGGCCUGCGUCUGGAGCAGGAGGAGAGGACCGGCCCAGUGACUGAUAGUAAGGAGUGUCUUCCCCCUGUCACAGAGGCCAACUGCCCCCAGGCCCGGCACACCUCCAACCACAACAAACUGCUCCUGGUAGACCCCUCAGCCAUGGAGCUCAUCACCUGUGGUAACGUCCACCAAGGCACCUGCCAGAAGCGCAGCCUAACCUCUGUGAAGGAGGUGCUGUUCUCCACAGAGAGGCCGGUGGAUACCCAGUACGUGGCGGCCAACGACCCGGGGGUGUCCACCGUGGGGCUGGUGGUGGGGCCCCGAGGCGGGGAGCGGGCUGUGCUCUAUGUGGGCCGUGGUUACACAAGCAGCCAUCCGCCCAUCUCCACACGCCACCUGGCCCACGAGCCUGUGUUCUCAUACGACGAAACCGCCAAGCUGGCCGUGGCGGGAAGGCUUUCGGAGUACGACCACCAUUUUGUAGCUGCCUUCGCUCGGCAUGGGCAUGUGUACUUCUUGUUCUAUCGCCGUGACAUUAAGGCUGUGACGCGGGAAUACCGUACGUAUGCUGCCCGCGUGUGUCUGGAUGACUCCUCCUACUACUCCUAUGUAGAGGUACCCCUGGUGUGUCACUCCUCCUCUACCUCCUCCCCAGAGAGGAACUACAACCUUCUGCAGGCAGCCCAGGUGGGUCAGGGGGGCGGCAGAGAGGGGGAGAAACUGCUUGGGCUCUUCUCCACCAGGGCCAGCUCCUCCAACGGGCCCUCAGACGACUCGGCUCUGUGUGUGUACGCCCUGGACGAGCUGGACAGACACAUCGACUCCACACGAGACCUGUGCUACACGCAGGAUGGUCGGGUGGAGGGAGGAGGGGAGGUGGCCUACAUCGAGUACGAGGUCAAGUCCAGCUGUGCCAAUUUACCCACGAACACCCUGAAGGCUUAUCCCUGUGGCUCUGACCACACCCCCAGUCCAAUGGCCAGCAGGGUGCCCAUAGAAGCUGAGGCAUUAUUGGAUAGCCCGUCCGCCCGUCUCACUGCUGUGGCUGUCAGUGUGAGGGCGGGGCACACAAUUGCCUUUUUAGGAGACUCUAAAGGAAAUUUGCACAAGGUGUUUCUAGGCUCUGGAGGUAGGGUGGAGAAGUACUCCUCCAUACUCAUCCAGCCCAACUCACCCAUCAGCAGUGACCUCCUCCUGGACCAGAUGGAGACGCACAUCUACAUCAUGACCAGCACAAUGGUGGAGAAGCGGCCGGUGGCAGAGUGUGGAGAUCACCUGGACUGUCAGUCCUGUCUCUCAGCCCGAGAGCCGUACUGUGGCUGGUGUGUUCUGGAGGGCAGGUGUGGCCAGCGUUCCCAGUGCAGUCGGGGGGCUCUGCAGGGCCAGUGGCUGUGGAGCUUUGACCAGCAGCAGCAGUGUCUCAGUAUCCAAUCCCUGAGCCUGUAUAACAUCAGCCUUGGAGUGGAGACAGACAUUGCUGUUUCAGUGAAGGGGUUGCCCAGUCUAGUGGAAGGCGAAGAAUACAAAUGUUUCUACCAGGAUGUGGAAAGUCCUGCCAAUGUCACAGACACUGGUGUGACCUGCUCUACCCCCGACUCCAGAAGGCUGCCUCUUAUUGGCCAAGGAGAAGACUCCGUCACCGUCCCUCUGUCCCUUCGCUUCCUCAAUGUGACAGUGGCUGCUUGGGAGUUCACCUUCUUUGACUGUGGCGUGGUCCAACAGCUCUCUGGAGGCAUGCCGUGCAGAGGGUGUGUGAGCAGUCGCUGGGGCUGUAACUGGUGUAUUCACCAGCACUUCUGCACCCCCAACACUUCCUGUGAUGAAGGAGUCACAAUUUACAACAAACACUUGAAACCACCAACAGCAGCCAAACAAUCUGAUACUGUAACUCCAACUGUUCUGGCUGCUCCAACACUCCCAUACACAGAGGUAUCUGUUAGGACCACUCCCCCAGUCCCAGCCAGCACGGAUGUGCCCUUAGCCACUCCCCCCACCACCGCCGAGCCCACUGCAGUCCCCACCACCCUCUCACAAACCAUCGCCACCACCACAUUUUCAACCACACUGGCCACCCAGGCUAUGACUGCACUGGAAGUGACAACCAGUCUGCAGGCAGGGGCCAUCGCAGAAGAGACCAAAGUGGAGGGAUAUGGAGACGGGAGUCUCCCCAGGACUACUGGUGGAACAGAGCAGACAACAGUCACCAGGGUUGAGCUGCUAGACUGGCCCGAGGCUCUAGAGAUGUUUCCUAGUAGUACUGCUGGACUGACUGGCCUCACUGGGAUGGAGCCCUCGUCCCCUGACACCACCUCAACCAUCUCCAGUGUUGUCCCCCUGUUAGUGGACCUGCCCACUGGCUCUGACAGGGAUGAGAUCCCCCUUGCCCCCUUCCAAAGUACAGCCUCACCCUCCUGGACCGGGGAAUGGGACAAGGGGGAGGGAGAGACCGAGACAAACAUGGACCCUGCAACAUCCUCUGCCACAGUGCCCUCUGGAGUUGAUGAACCAAACCAGCCCUCUCAAUCAUUUACCCUCACACCUGACCCUGAGUCUGAGUCUUCACCAGACUACCAGUCUGACUCCUUUGCUCUGCUGGACUGCCCGUGUGUGGAGAAGGUCCAGGGCUCCUCUCUACUUCCUGUUAAUGUGGAGAGGAAGAUCACUCUGGUGGGACGCCACCUUCACCUCUUCCAGGAUGAGGGUCUGGACUAUGAGUGUGUCCUGACCAUCGAGGGACGGUCAGUGGUGGUGGACGCGUACGUGGAGACAGAGGACACCCAGCCCUCUCUCUACUUCAUCACCUGCCAGCUACACCAGUAUGCCUAUACUGCCUUUGCGGAGGAGUACGAUGCCGUGAUCAAUGUGAGGAGGAGAGACACCUUUCAGAUUGAUAGUGCUGACGACCUUCAUGUGACGUUGUUUAACUGCUCUGUGGGCCGGUCAGACUGCAGCCGGUGUCGUAUGGCUGAUCAGAAGUAUGGCUGUGUGUGGUGCGGGGGAGCUCGUUCCAGAUGCAGUUACCGGGACUCCUGCGCUGGCGAGAUCAAGCAGUCCUGCCCAGCACCCGUCAUCCACUUUAUGGAGCCCAUCUCUGGACCAGUAGAUGGUGGUACUGUGGUGACCAUCUCAGGCUCCAAUCUGGGACAGAAAGCUGAAGACAUCCAGAACUCUGUCACUUUAGCUGGUGUCCCCUGCACGGUCAUCAACAGCAGAUAUGAGAUCUCCUCUAGGAUUGUGUGUGAGACCACAGCCAGUGGGGGACAGAAGAGUGGCCAGGCCUCAGUCGAGGUGAGAGGAGGAGGGCUUGGACUCUCCAGUCAAAGGUUCAGCUUCCAGGACCCAGUUCUGUUGGAGAUAGCCCCUCAUAAGGGGCCCAAGGCUGGGGGCUCUGCGUUGACCGUAAUGGGCCAGAGCCUGAAGACUGGACACCUCAGUGAGGUCAGCGUGCUGAUUGGAGGAGUCCCAUGCCUCAUCUCCUCGGAGGUCAAGGAUGACCAGAUUACAUGUAUGACUGGAGGCAGCAACAGAACUGGAGCACAUGGAAUCACUGUCCGAUUUGGUAGAGCAGAGCGCCAUCUAGAGGGAGACAUUUACUAUUACACCUCAGACCCUAACGUAACCAUGGCUACACCCUCCAAAAGCUUUCUCAGUGGUGGAAGACUGAUACGUGUGUCCGGACAAAACCUGGAUGUAGUCCAGGAGCCCAGAAUCCGGGUGACCGUUAGUCCUCUGGAGUCCCUCUCACCGAGGAAGAACAGGAGGACGAGGAGGAGCAGCAGAGAUGGAGAGAGUAGAUUUGAGACGCGCUGUGCCGUGAGCAGCUCCUCUCUGAUGCUGUGCCCUACGCCUGCCGUGGGGACGGAGGCCCACAGUGCCCGGGUCAAGGUGGACUUCCUACUGGAUAACCUGCACUUUGACUUCAGCGCUGUGGGCAGCGGUGUUUUCAGUUACGAGCUCAACCCCAUCCUAAUCCCACUGAACCAGAAUGACCCCAGCAAACCCUACCAGCACAAACCUGGCAGCAUCAUCUCUGUGGAGGGGGAGAACCUGGACCUGGCCAUCUUUAAGGAGGAGGUGGUGGCUCUGAUCGGGGAUGGGGUGUGCUCGGUGAAGACCUUGACCCAUAACCACCUCUACUGUGAGCCUCCAUCCCAGCAGCCCUCAGUGAUGGCCAGCAAGAAGCAGGAGGGCAUGGAUUCUCUCCCCGAGUUCACUGUCCAGAUGGGCAACCUGAACUUCUCCCUGGGCAGAGUGCAGUAUGACACCCAGGUCCAGUCCACCUUCCCCCUGGAGGCCCAGGUGGGCUUGGGGGUGGGGGCCUCCAUCGUAGCCCUCAUCGUCCUCAUCAUAGUGCUCAUAUACAGGAGGAAGAGCAAACAGGCCGUGAGGGACUACAAGAAGGUCCAGAUUCAGCUGGAGAAUCUGGAGACCAGUGUGAGGGACCGCUGCAAGAAGGAGUUCACAGACCUGAUGACUGAAAUGAUGGACUGUUCCAGUGACCUGGUGGGUUCUGGUAUCCCCUUCCUGGACUACAGGGCAUAUGCAGAGCGCAUUUUCUUCCCUGGCCACCGGGAGUCGCCACUGAGGCGAGAUUUGGACGUGCCGGAGUGCCGUAGACAGACGGUGGAGCAGGGGCUGGUUCAGUUGUCCAACCUCCUCAACAGCAAACUAUUCCUCACCACGUUCAUCCACACCCUGGAGGUGCAGCGAACCUUUUCCCCUCGGGACCGGGCCUACGUGGCCUCCCUGCUCACCGUGGCCCUGCAUGGGAAGCUGGAGUACUUCACUGACAUCCUGAAGACUCUGCUCAAUGACCUGGUGGUGCAGUACAUGGCCAAAAACCCCAGACUGAUGCUCCGAAGAACUGAGUCAGUGGUGGAGAAACUGCUGACCAACUGGAUGUCAAUGUGUCUGUUUACCUUCCUGAGGGACACUGCAGGGGAAUCCUUCUACAUGCUGUUCAGAGCCAUUAAACACCAGGUGGACAAGGGACCGGUGGACGUUGUGACAGGAAAGGCCAAGUAUACACUCAACGACAACAGGCUGCUCCGCGAGGAUGUAGAUUACAAAACCCUGACACUGAAUGUCCUCAUGCCAGCGACAGGCAACGGUGGCAUGCCCCAGACGGCUCCUGCCAAGGUGCUGGACUGUGACACCAUAACCCAGGUGAAGGAGAAGCUCCUGGAGCAAGCAUGGAAGAGCAUGUCCUUCUCCCAGAGGCCCCACACAGACUCUCUCCACCUGGAGUGGCGUGCGGGCACGGCAGGUCACCUGAUUCUGUCUGACGAGGACCUGACGUCGGUGGUGCAGGGCUCCUGGAAACGCCUCAACACCCUGCAGCAUUACAAGGUUCCGGAUGGAGCCACUGUUGCACUGGUACCCCGGAACACCAAACACAUCCACAAUGACAGCCAUGAUUACAUUCCUGGAGAGAAGACACCUAUGUUGGACGAUGGGGACGAGGGAGGCGUGAAGCUCUGGCACCUGGUGAAAGCCAACGAGGAGCCAGACCUUCCCAAACACAGGCGUGGCAGCCUGAGGGAGAGAGAGAGGGCCAAAGCCAUCCCUGAGAUCUACCUCACUCGCCUACUCUCCAUGAAGGGCACACUGCAGAAGUUUGUGGAUGACUUGUUCACAGUGAUCCUGAGCACUAACCAGCCAGUUCCCAUGGCUGUCAAGUACUUCUUUGACCUGCUGGAUGAGCAGGCUCUGCAACACAACAUCACAGACUCUGAGACCAUACACAUCUGGAAGACUAACAGUUUACCCCUGAGGUUCUGGAUUAACAUCCUGAAGAACCCUCAGUUCAUCUUUGACGUUCAGGCAUCAGACCACGUGGACGCUGUGUUGUCUGUCAUAGCCCAGACCUUCAUGGAUUCCUGUACCAUUGCCGAGCACAAGCUGGGCAGGGACUCUCCUAUCAACAAGUUGCUGUAUGCCAGAGAUAUCCCACGGUACAAGCAGAUGGUAGAGAGAUACUAUGCUGACAUCAGGCAGACCAUUUCUGCCAGUGACCAGGAAAUGAAUUCUGCACUUGCAGAACUGUCUCGAAAUUAUGCUGGCGAGGUGAACUACCUUGUGGCCCUGCAUGAACUGUAUAAGUACAUCAACAAGUACUAUGAUCAGAUCAUCACUGCUCUAGAGGAGGACUCUACAGCUCAGAAGAUGCAGCUGGGAUACAGGCUCCAGCAGAUCUCGGCUGCCGUGGAGAAUAAAGUCACUGACCUAUGAUGACAGAGUGGCCCUGAGACAGGGGACAGGCCGUGACACUGAGAUGACAGAGUGGCCAUGAGACAGGGGACAGGCCACAACACUGAGAUGACAGAGUGGCCCUGAGACAGGGGACAGGCUACGACACUUAGGAGAAGACAACAGCUGAGAUGAGUAGUCCCAAAUGAAAAAAUGUGUGAAAAGGAGGAAGACACAGUGAAAUGAACAUACAGGGUGUGAUUUCAUACAGGGUGAGAUUUUCCUCUCUUUUUGGCAGACUGAAGGAAGGAAAGAAGGAAGAUGGUUGAGGGGCACUCAGUAGCCACGUCCUUGUGGAGUUCCUGAUCAUAGAUUCUCCUGAUGAGCUGCACAGGACAUUUCCAUGGCAACCUGACUACAUGUUCCCACUACUGCUCAGUGUGUAGAUACAUAGACAUUAUUCUGAGUAAGUAAGCAAAGUCCUGUUGAACUCUCUGCAUGGCUGCAGAGUCUCUGCAACAGGAAGUCAGUCUUACUGGGAGGAAAUGGAUUUAUGAAGCUUACAGCACUGGAGAGAACUGAAUAGCAGUUAGUGCAUUGACGCUAUUGUCAUCGAAUGCCUCCUGUUUCUUUGAAUCACAUUUUCUAAGUCUUACUUUUGAUUAAAUAGCUAACAUUUACA